AUGUCACGGCCAAACCUCCUAUGCAUACGUCUGGUGUUCUUCAUCGCUGUUCUUUCUGAAAUAGAUGGAUAUUGUCAGUAUUUCACGAAUGAGUGUGUCUUCACCUCCCGGGAUCUGACAGAUCUACAAUACUUUCAGACUGUUUAUUUUAACAAAGUUAAACAUGCUCAGUUCAGCAGUAGUGUGGGGAAAUAUGUUGGGUUUAACAAACAAGGACAGAGGGAUGCAGAUUACUGGAAUAAUGACACUGCCUACAUCCAGGGGCUGAAAGGUGAAAUAGACAGAUACUGCAGACACAAUAUUCCAAUUUUCCUCUCAACUCUUCUCGACAAAACAGUACAACCAAAGGUCCAUGUGAGGUCAGUCAAAAAGGCCAGUGGCACACAUCCUGCCGUGCUGAUGUGCAGUGCCUACGACUUCUAUCCCCAAGCCAUCAAACUGACCUGGUUAAAGGACGGUAAACCAGUGACCUCUGAUGUGACCUCCACUGAGGAGAUGGCUGAUGGUGAUUGGUUCUAUCAGGUCCAUUCCCACCUGGAGCACAUCCCCAAAACAGGAGAGAAGAUCUCCUGUAUGGUGGAGCAUGCCAGCUUCACUAAACCCAUGACAUAUGACUUGGAACCCUCUGUGUCAGAAUCUGACACCAAUAAGAUUGCUAUUGGAGCCUCUGGACUUGUGCUGGGGGUCAUCCUAGCAGCUGCAGGUUUGAUCUACUACAAGAAGAAGUCCACAGGGCGGAUCUUGGUGCCUCAUUAA